AUGAGCGCCAAAACUUCUCAAGAUACCAAUCCCGUCGUGGAAAUCAAAUACUCUGGAUCAAAGCGCGGCUACAUAGGCAGCGGUGCAUCGGGGAUUGUGAAUUGCGCACCAAAUGGUGAUGUAGUUAAAUCACCCUGGCCUGGCUCUCGCGCUGCCAAAGCGCGUCAAGACAUCACGACUGAGAAUCUCAUUUACAAGAAGCUAGGCCAGCAUCCUCGUCUUAUUCGAACACUCGAUUUUGAUCCGGAGAGCUGCGUCCUUACUAUGGAAUACAUGCCAAACGGGACACUGAAAGACUUUCUUUCUGUGAAUAACGAGGCGCUUUCUACAGCACGGCGACUCCAGUGGGCAAAAGACGCGGCUGAAGGACUUCAGUUUCUGCAUGAUGCAAAAGUCGUUCACUGCGAUGUAGAGCCCAAGAAUUUUCUGCUGGACCAGAAUCUGGCUCUUAAAAUUUCGGACUUUAGUGGCUCAUCUCUUGAAGGUUCACGGGCAUCAGCAUGUGCUGGUAGAAGGUAUUCCCGUCCUGGGUUUGAUUUUCAUCGCCAACAGACCGUGUCUGAUGACUUGUUUGGCCUCGGCUCUACUAUCUACUUCAUUAUGACUGGCCAGAUCCCUUUCGAGGAACUGUCGAGUAAUGAGGUUGAAGAGAGGUACAAGGCCCAAGUAUAUCCUGACGUGUCUGGAAUAAAGUGCGGGAGCGUUAUCAGGCAGUGUUGGGAUUCUGAAAUCACGUCUGCCCAGGAGGUGUAUGAUUAUUUCCGAGAAAUGGAAUCUAAGGAAUAA